CGUGUUGUCAUUUCACAACUUAUUUGCAUUCUUUUGAUUGAUUAACUUAUUAAAGAGAUUUAAGUGAAAAUACGCUUUGAAAAACAAUAUGUCUAUGUUGCGCAGAUCCUCACAGUUGUUGAAGUCACAGCUGCGUCGCGUUCAAAGCGUGCCAGCUGCUCUUUACCAUGAAAAUGUGGUUGAGCACUAUGAAAAUCCACGGAACGUUGGCUCUCUGGACAAGAAGGAUGUGACUGUUGGCACUGGGCUUGUUGGAGCGCCUGCCUGUGGCGAUGUGAUGAAAUUGCAAAUCAAGGUCGAUGAUAAUGGCAAAAUUAUUGAUGCCAAAUUCAAGACUUUUGGUUGCGGUUCGGCAAUUGCCAGUAGCUCGUUGGCUACUGAGUGGGUGAAGGGCAAGUCUAUUGAUGAGGCUGGCAAAUUGAAGAACACAGAUAUUGCCAAGGAGCUGCGAUUGCCUCCUGUAAAGCUGCACUGCUCCAUGUUGGCAGAGGAUGCCAUUAAAGCUGCUCUAGCUGAUUACAAAGUCAAGCAGCAGAAGAAGCAAGUUAAUUAAAAAGCUUCGAAAAUAUAAAAACAUACAAACUAUCUAAACAACUAUAAUCAAGUAAAAUAGCCAUACAUAUAUAGCAACUGUUUUUUAGUAUGCGAUUGAGCGUGCAGGUUUUUCUUAGAGCUAAACUGCGUUAAUUUCUGACGAUUGAUGGUUAGCUGGAACUGAUCUUAUCUGGGCAAUGUGUGAAUGUUAAUGUGCGUGUUUAUGCAUAUGUGUGUUAUUAGUAAAGGGGGGGAUAAAUACUUACUUUAUUGUUUGUAUGAGAGAUUUUAAAUUUGAAGUUAUGGAAAUUUAUGCUUAUACUAUGUUUGAAUAAUAAACUGUUGAAUAAA